CCCUCUGGAUUUCAAAUAUCGUCCUGUAGAUAUAUAUCCUUUUCUCUGCGCCCCCGUCCCUCACCCCUCCUUUCCCACUGAACACCUGGUUUGAUACGUCCAUUUGCCCCCGUCUAUCUGUCUCCAGCGGAUCCCAACCGUCCCAUACACGCCCUUAUCUGUCCGAUUUCACGGCCAACAACAACUACUACUACUGCAGCCGCUUCCCAACACAUACACACCCACGCACACACACACCGACAACACCUGCUUGGUCCAUCUCAACCUACUGUUACUACCGCGACUGUUAAAAGUGGGAAAUCAGACACUUUUCCCUCCCAGUCCUCCUUCACCAGUUUGUAUCAUCUACCAACGAAGAAAGAAGGGGAGCACUCAAAUAUACGCAAGACGUCCACUACACACAGCGAUCAAGCAAAACCAUCAUCACCCACGCAGCAAUACACGGUAUAGCAAAGUUGCUCACACCAAACCACCCUCUAUGGCGGCGAAUCUACCUACCUUCAACUUCAACCCUUUAGCCCCCGUCACGCCCCCGCCCGAGCAUCUCACUUUCCGAAAACCCGCACUUCCUCUUUCGGCUCAACUGAAACGCAAGGCCGCUGAGGCCAACAUCACCGACGACCAUGUGACGACGACUAAGAUGAAGAAAGAGGAAUCGUCACAAAACACUCCGUUCAUGGCGUCCAUGGCCGCUCCGCCCAAGCCAAUGUCGAUUCCCAACGCCAGUGCAGCCGACCCGAACCAGCCACCCAUGGACCCCCGAUACAUGGCCAUGGUAUCGCGUAUCGCCGCCUACUACCAGCAACGCUGCCAAGCCAUCUCCAACGCGCAGCAGCAGAAAUGCCAGGCCUGGGCAAACAUGCACAGGCAAAAGUGUCAAGAGAUGAUGCAGGCGGCCAUGUUAGUGGUGGCGUGGUACAUCCGCGACCGGAUCCAGCGGAGGCGCCGGAGGCAAAAGCGGCAAUUCCGGACGGGAUUAAGAGCGCAGAGCACCCGGUCCCGCAUUGCUAAAGGCGAGGGGGUCCGGCGAUGGGUCAUGAACGUGCCCGAUGGUUUGUCAUCGCCGCAGGUCCUGGGGCUCGACGGCCUCGCCGAUCAAGAGGAGGCCCACUUCUCCAUGGACAGGGAGGUGCCACCGGACAAGGACGCCAAGCUGUUCGAAAUGGCCGACGGCAUGAUCAGGAGUCAGUACCGCAAGAUCGAGGUGCCCAUUCUCGGCGUGCUCGGCUUUGACGAGGACGAGAGUGAGAGCGAGAGCGAAGCCGAUGACGAUUUUGACCAGCCCAUGGAAGACGAAUUCGAGGAUGGCGCGGUUGAGGAAUACGAUGAGGACGAGGACGAGGACGAUUUGGACGUGGAUGACGAAUAUGAGGACGAAGAACAAGAGACUGGGUCCGAGGUUGCCCACCGUGGCACCGGCACCGGCACGGGAAGCCGGGGCAAGGACUCUGGCUUGUCCUCUUAACGGGAUUUUGGGACUCUGGCGUUAUUAUCUCAUGAUUUUUCUUUUUGCUCUUUCUUCCUCUUUGUGCGGCGUUCCGAGGCGGGGGCAUGGACAACGAUGUGAUGAUUGGAUUGGUUACCCUGGGCGAUCUACAUACCUCACUUCCUGGCUGUUUUCCGAAUGCAAUGUACAUAGAAAUGUACAUUCAGCACCAUCGUGUCAAUAGGUAACAUGGCAAACAAACUUAACCCCUUUGC